AUGUACGGCGUCGGCCCCGACUGGGCGUACGAGGCUGGCCCUCCUACCGACCCGAUCGGCCCCUACUUCUCUUACGACGACUGGUGGUUCCGUGGACCCGGCUACCGCAACCUGCCGCCAGUCAACGGCGACAUUAUGAACCUUCCCGCCGGUGGCAGCAUCACGCUCGAGAUCGCCUGCCAGUGCGUUCGCGCACCCUCUCUCCUUCCUCCCGGCCCUCUCUCUCUCCCUCUCUGGGUGCGCGCUGCUGCGUCGCCGAGCCGGACUGACUCUCCUCGUCGUGCGCAGUCGGGCGACCCCAACUCGAUGGUGAUCGACCAGUCGCUCCUCUCGGGUUGCGCUCUCGGUAUCGCCGACGUCGACGACAUCUCCAAGGUCACGAUGGACAACCUCGCCAUCUUCUCGGUCAAGCACGACUGCGUCAAGCAGAAGAUGAACUCGUUCGACGUCCCCGCCAAGAUGCCGCAGUGCACGGGCGACAAGUGCAUCUGCGCCUGGUUCUGGCUCGCCAACCGCGGCACGGCCAACUUCUACAUGACCGCGUUCGACUGCUCCGUCUCGGGCUCGCCGGCCGACGCCACCCCUAUCGCACCUCCCCAGGACCCGGUCUUCUGCAAGAAGGACCCGUCGUCGUGCACGACUGGCUCGAAGCGCCCGAUCUACGCCUACAACUUCCCGAGCAACGUCCCCUGGAUCGGCAACGACGACCGCGCCGGGUACCACCAGGAGUGGUCGUUCGGCACCGACGGCGCCCAGAACGACAUCUUCAUG